AGAAUAUAAUUAGAAUAGAGAGUGCUAGAGUUAGAGGAUCAAAUACAGAUGGAAAAAAUUAGUUUUUAGCCGAUUCUUGAAGAUGGCUAGGACUCAGCUGCUCGGAUUGAUUUGGGCAGGUCAUUCCACCAGGAGGGAAUAUUUAAUUUAAAAGUCCGUAAAAGUGACUUUUUGCUUCUUUUGGGUGGCACAAUUCUGAGUGAAAGCAAACACGUUCCGGGAUUGAUUCAGGGACAGAUCCCGGUUAGGGGACCUAGUAACAUUGCACGUUAUCGCGCAACUUUUUUACCAUGUGUUUUGAAGGAAGAUCAACGUUCGAGACAAAAAAAUAUGUGCAAACUGUAAUGAAUCAGAGACCAUUUAGUUCCUAACGUGUCAUCACGGGACCUUUACGGGUUCUGUGUGAAAGCAAGCACAUAUUCCGGGUAAUCACUGGCAGUGUGAAAGUGCAAAAUCUAGCGACCCGGGAACAAUUGCCAGGACACAUUAGCCGUGUUUUUACCGGAAUCACAGUGUGAAAGGGGCUCAAGAUACUUUGAAGGAUCAUCUGAUAGGUAAGACUCAAACCACUGGAGUCCGGUUCCUGAGAUUCCUUUUGCCAGUAGGGUUGACGGGAGGAUCUGGGGGUUAACUGUGUCAAAAGCAGCGGACAGAUCAAGCAUGGAAAAUGUGGGAAAGUCGUCAGAGUUCAUGCAGGACAAAUGAGCGAGGAAAAUGUUUUAAAAAGCAUGUUAAUUUUGUUAUGGUACUACAGGUAUGUCCUUUAAGCGGUGUAGUGAUUAGCAGAGAAGAAAGAGAGGAGCGAUGGAUACACAUUAAAGUCAGUAAUACUUUUGGAUCUGCACCACAACCUUUCAGCAGCUCUAAGCUUAGAACAAUGUUCACGGAGAACCUCAGAUAACCAAGGGACUGGAGGGGUGGUAUGGGAGACAAGGGGCAAACAGUGUCUAAACAAGAUGUAAAAGUGCAGCAGAAAGUAUCAGUAGCACUAUUAGCAUCAAAAGAUGAUAACAGUUUAGGGGAAGGAAGUGAAGAUGAAACCAUAGCAGAUAGCCAGGAGGGUAAGAGUGAGCGUUGGUUACGCCAAAAGAUGGCAUCAUGUGAAGGGCUAUGUGUUGUGUCAGGAGGUUGAGGUUAAGAGUGAGGAGGAAGUGUGCAGUGGUGUUACCAGUACAUGAUCAGUGGAGCAGUGUCGUGUGUAAACAAGGUCCAUUUGUUUGCCUGAUUUGUGAGUAGCAGAAGUUGGCACUCGGUUGAGAUCAAAAGAGGCAAGCAGAGUGUGAAAGUCUGCAGAUGGAGGUUUAUCUAGGUGGAUGUUGAAGUCUCCAAACGUAGCUAGAGGAGUGCCAUCCUCAGGAAAGGUUGAGAGCAGCACAUGUAAUAGGGCUUGGGCGUCGUGACGUCAUUACUUGGCGUGGCCGCCACGUUGAAUGCUUCCUUUACUGCCACUCGGACUACUGCGCAGUGUUUAGACAUACUCCCUCUCAUCCGUGUGUCUUAAUUUGAUGAAUUAAAAAUCUAUUUUAACCAUUUUCAACCGUUGCUGUAUUGUGGGGUGUAAUAGCGCAACACAUAAUAGCCAUGGGGAAAAUAAAAUGAGAAUGGAUUAACUUUACACCGCUUUCCUGCUUGGAGGCGUGACUACGGAGACCAUAACAUCUGAAUAUUAAUUUAUAUAGCUUGAGUCAACAUUGAAAAUAAGGGAAAUUUCUUGAGUUACUCAUCCAAAAUACGGGUAAUUUCAACAUUCAUCUUUUUGUUGCUAUCCCUCUGCUGACAGCAAAAAUUUGUACUAUAAUAAUGCUGCAUUAACUAACGUUAAGCGAUUUGUGAAGCUAGGUCUCACGUGACUUUAGUUACAGACUGGCGUGAAAUCGUGCUCUCACAACAACAACGCUAUCUUAAAAAGCCCAACAUCACGCUAAGGUUGCUUUCAAGGAAUCAAAACGAUGCUUUGAAAACAUCUGUUUCACUGGAAGGACAAGGAGUAGCAACAGGAAAACAACACAGAGACUUGACAGGUCUGAUGGAGGGGCUAACGGGAUAUUUUACAGGAAAAUACUAAAACGGGAAGACAGCGGGAAAACAGCUCAAAUACGUGAGAACCCCGGAAAAACGGGAGGGUGGACAGCUACUAACUACACUUUUGAAACACAUUGUUAAAACUCCAUGUGUGAAUGGUUGUUAGCACUAACGGUUACUGAACUAGCAGCUAGGUAACGUUAGAGCGCAGCUCACCGGAUUACUGUAUACUGUUUUGCCGCUGUUCCGUUUUGCAGCUCCUGAACCCAUCCAUUUGUGAACUGUACAUGAGACUUGACUUGUAGCUUUGGAACUAUUCUGAAGUGUAGGCGCUCACAAAACAAACACGGUAGCCGAAGAUAUCUGUAAUGCAAACGUGCGGCAAAAAGUCUCCGUCGGUACUCCACUAUUUGUUGAGAAUUUCAUAUGGAUCCAAACCGUUAAUAGAGCCGAUUUUGUCCACAUACCGGUCCCUGGCAUCCCUAUUUAGCCUAUCCCUAUAAAUCCCACAACCUUUUCACGAUUUUGACAUCUUUUUUUCUUUCUACCAACUCUGCUCUUCUCGUUCAACUGGCUGUAUGUUUACAUUCGCGAAGCUGGCAACAUGGCCGCCACGUCCCAGAAUGCAACUUGGCGCCCAAGCCCUAUUCAUCCAAAAAGUUACCUAAUGAUCCUGGGGUCGAUAACAAAUACAAAAUGCAUUUUAAGAGGGUAGGUAAUAGUACAGUAACUGAAUGAGAUUCAAAGGAGCUGUUGACACCCACAGAUGGUAAAUGAUUACAUUUCAAAUCAUUAGAGAUAGGCAGACCAGUACCUCCACCUCUUCCAGUCAAACUGAGAGAGUGCUGCAGGGGUGGCAGUGUCCUCUGGUUUGAUCCAGGUCUCUGUCAGGGCCAUUAGAUUGAGCUUUGAAUGACUAAUAAUAAAUGACUUUGUUUACAGCGGACUGGCAAUUCCAGAGAGCAAUAGGAAUAGAGAGAAGUGUAUUAAAAGACAUGUUAGGCAAAGUAUUUAAUUAAUUACCCUCCUGUCAUUCCAAAUCUGCAUGACAAUCUGGAAUACAAAAUUAGAUAUUUAGCAGAAUGACAGCACAUUUACAUACUGUAACUAUCUCUACUAACAUGCUGUACUAUCGAAGAUAAUCCUCAAUAAGUUUCAUAUUUCUCACUUCCUAUGUCAAUGAUAUUAUUUAUUUUCACAAACACCUGUUCCUGCCCCCAGGGCAACACCUGCGUGAAAGACCCAGACACAAACAGAGAGAACAAAAAAAAAAGUAGAGAACAAAACAUGACUUUUGUUGUGUGUUGAUGUUUUUUAUGACAACCGAGAGUGACAGAGCUAGUUGUAACCCAGAGAGAAACAAAAAAUGUUGCAAAAGUGGUUAACGGUUAGUCGGAAGUCUCUCUCUCUCUCUCUCCUCUCUCUCUCUCUCUUUUACACACAAACACACACAAACACACACAUACACACACACACACACACUCACACACACACACUCUUUUUCAUUGUCUUUCUCUCUCUCUUCACACACAGUUGAGAACAGAGAGGUAACAGGCAGAUUGUUAACAUGGUUGGUGGUGGAGGAAGGGAAGGAGGGAGGGAGGGAGAAAGCUUGGCGUCUGUCCCGCCCACUCAUGCCCCCUUAUAAAGCCUCAUAAAGAACCUCAAGAAUGGAAAAGACCCUCUAAGAGAGCUGAGCCAAACACCCUAAACAGCACUUAGAGUUGGUACGAGUCAGAAAGAGGGCGAGAGAGAAAGAGAGAAAGGAUUAUAGGACGCUGCAUUCAUGGAUGAACAAGGAGGUAAGAACUCGUGGAACAGGCCAGUGGCCAUCUUUCUGGCUGCUAUCGCUGCGGUGAUCAUCAUCAUGGUGGCCAUUUCUGUCGUCCAGAACAAGCCUUUACACCAGAAAUACAAAUAUGGAAUAGUUCUGGAUGCAGGCUCCUCCCACACUUCUGUGUUCAUCUAUGAAUGGCCAGCCGAGAAGGAGAACAACACUGGCAUGGUACGACAGAAACACACCUGUAACGUGAAAGGCAAAGGCAUUUCCAGUUACUCUGCUAAUCCACAGGGGGCUGGUGCAUCCCUGUAUGAGUGCAUGGAGGAAGCCAAGCAGAAAAUACCAGCACACAGACACCCCGAAACCCCUGUGUACCUGGGAGCCACAGCAGGCAUGAGACUGCUCAGGAUGGAGGAUGAAAAAGCUUCAGAUAAGGUACUGGCCUCAGUAGCACAAUCACUGAAGAGCUACCCCUUCUCCUAUCGGGGAGCUCGUAUCAUCUCAGGCCAAGAAGAGGGAGCUUUCGGAUGGAUUACAGUCAAUUACCUGAGCGAAAACUUGAGAAAGCCCACAGGGACGCUUGGAGCUCUGGACCUUGGUGGAGCGUCUACUCAGAUAACCUUCGUACCUCAACAGAAUAUUGAAUCAAAAGACAAUUCUAUUGACUUCAGGCUGUACGGAAACGAUUAUCACCUGUACACCCACAGCUUUCUCUGUUACGGGAAGGACCAAGCUCUCAAGAUUUCUAUGAGCAAGAUAUUAGAGUCAGCAGAUAAAGCUUCAAAGACAGACCCCAUUGAGUUAAGAGAUCCUUGCUUUCACCCUGGAUAUAACGACAGCAAGACAGUUUCAAGUUUCUUCAAUUCACCCUGUGUGAAAGAAGCGAAACCGGCAAAUGAAAACUUCGUCCAUGUGGGGCUUGGGAAUUGGUCUCAGUGCCAACAAUCAAUCAGAAAGAUUUUUAAUACAGGCAAUUGUCUUUACACAAGAUGCUCUUUUAAUGGUGUUUUCCAGCCUUCUGUCUAUGGAGAUUUUGGGGCCUUUUCAGCUUUCUUCUUUGUGAUGGACUUUUUAAAUCUGACAAGUGGUACUUUAACCACUACAAAGAAGAAGCUAGAAGCGUACUGUUCUACACCAUGGGACCAGAUUGUUAAAAAUCAUCCCCAAGUAUAUAAGAAGUACCUUUCAGAAUACUGCUUCUCAGCAACCUACAUUCUCACCCUUCUGGAAGACGGAUACAAUUUCACCUCCGACAACUGGAAAGACAUCAGGUUCAUUAAGAAGAUAGGAGACAGUGAUGCAGGCUGGACAUUAGGUUACAUGCUUAACCUGACCAACAUGAUCCCCGCUGAAGCUCCAGACACGCCGCUGAUGCCUUAUGAGGGAUAUGUCACAUUUAUUAUCCUCUUCUUACUUCUGAUACUUUUUCUUCUUGUUCUGGUCUAUUUCUAUUUCCAUCGGUCCACUAGAACAGCUCAGAAAGACAUAAUUUAAAUAUGGAUAUUAUUCUUUGGUCUCUGUAUAUUGAAUGUUUGUGUCUGCAGAACAAAAUGUCAGUAAAUCCAAAAAAGUUUUACAUUUCAAAUAAAUUGGAAAUCAUACCUCAUGUGAAGGAUAAACAGGUUUUUGGAGAGAGAUGGGUUACAGGUUCCACUGCAGCUGAAGGGACUUCAGACUCUUUUCCAAUUCUUCUGUGUUUUUGUGACCACUCAAAGUCUUCUUUAAAAGUCAUGAGUACAGGUUUUAGCUUUUGGGAGGCUGGGUUAAAGCUUCCUUAAAAGAAAAAGUGCACUGAGACUCAAUAUAUCAUGUGCUUUUAAGUCUUUAAUUAACCUUGCCAUUUUAUGUAUAGAAAAGCACAUCUUCUUGAUGCCAGUAUCUUUAUUUUUAAUUUUUUACUUAUUAUAAAGAAUGUCUGUGAGAGUCAAAAUAUUCUUCUUUUUUUUUACAUUAUGGACAUAUGAAAAUCACUGGAUAUCACUGUAUAAAAAGAGCUUUCAGCAAUUCAGCAUAGCACAUUUAUUAAUAAAUUGCUAAAUGAAAGUCUGUCAUUGCAUGCUUUUUUCUUGUUUUGUAUUGCAAUAAUUUUUUAGUAACAAGAGAGUUGAAAUAAUCAUUAAGUAAGUGAAAUAAUCAUUUUUCCUAAAAAAAAACAUUCUGUAUAUGAAAUCCCUAUGGCUCUGAAUUGAUGUGUAAAAUUAUGUGAAAUUGUUUUUAUAUAUUUAAACAAAACCUGUAGCAAAUUUCUAUUAAAAUUAGAAAUGGCUGAUUGUGUAUGUUUUAUUUAUAAAUGCAUGGCUAUUUGAAAGAAGAAUGCUCACCAAUUUAUUUGAUUAAAAAUACACUAAAAAGAGUAA